AUGCCGGCUGGUCACGGUUUGAGAUCUCGCACUAGAGAUUCCUUCUCUCGUCCCUUUAGGAAGAAGGGAACCAUCGCCCUCACCACUUACCUCCGAACUUACCGCAUCGGCGAUUACGUGGACAUCAAGGUUAACGGCGCCGUGCAUAAGGGGAUGCCUCACAAAUUCUACCAUGGCCGCACUGGUCGCGUCUGGAACGUCACCAAACGCGCCAUUGGUGUCGAGGUUAACAAACAGGUGGGAAACAGAAUUAUUAGAAAGAGGAUUCAUGUGCGUGUGGAGCACGUGAUGCCUUCAAGGUGCACCGAGGAGUUCCGUUUGAGGAAGAUCAAGAAUGAUGAACUCAAGGCGGAAGCUAAGGCGAAGGGUGAAAAAAUAAGCACCAAGAGACAACCUGAGGGUCCUAAACCGGGUUUCAUGGUGGAAGGAGCUACAUUGGAGACUGUAACUCCCAUCCCUUACGACGUGGUCAAUGACCUUAAAGGGGGAUAUUAG